UCACUCUCACUCCUUGAAAACAAGAAAGAAAUCUGAAAAUCCCCUUUUCUCUCUCCUUAAAAAAAACCCUAAAAUACACACUCAAAUCCUAAAAAAAAAUAUUCAAUUCCAGAAAAAUAAAAAAAAAUCUCACAAUUCCCUUCUCUAUCUCUCUAAAAAAGAAAAAAAAGAAAUGGAACCCAACGACUCGCACCAACAGCAGCAACACUUCACCUCUUACUUCUCCACCACCACCACCACCACCACCACAACCACCCCAUCACCUACCAAUGGCCUCCUGCCACCUCAUCAACCCACAGACUCCACCACUCCUACUGGGCCCCACAUGCUCUACCCUCAUUCAAUGGGACCCUCAACCACUGCUACAGUGACAGGAGGAGGAGGAGCACCAGUGGAGGCAGCAGCAGCGAAGAGAAAGAGAGGGAGGCCAAGGAAAUAUGGGACGCCUGAACAAGCUUUGGCUGCCAAGAAAACGGCCUCCUCUAAUUCUGCUGCUGCUUACAGAGAAAAGAAAGAACACCAAGCUGGUUCUUCCUCUACUAUUUCCUCCUUUUCAGCCUAUUCAUCCAAAAAAUCUCAACAUGCUUCUCUUGGCAAUGCUGGGCAUGGUUUUACACCACAUGUUAUUACAGUAGCGGAGGGUGAGGAUGUCACCCAGAAAAUCAUGCAUUUCCUACAACAAAGUAUGCGUGAAAUGUGUAUUUUAUCAGCAUCUGGUUCAAUUCUGAGCGCAUCUCUCAGCCAACCAGCAACUUCAGGAGGCAACAUUUCAUAUGAGGCAGAAGCAGCUUUGCAAAAAUUCAACAGCAUAUACACUGUAUCACUCAAAAAUCAAAUGGGUCGGUAUGAGAUCAUUUCACUGUGUGGAUCGUAUGUACGUACUGAUAUGGGGGGAAGAGCAGGUGGGCUCAGUGUAUGCCUAUCUGAUACAAAUGGCCAGAUUAUUGGAGGAGGAGUUGGUGGACCUCUAAAGGCCGCUGGCCCUGUGCAGGUCAUCGUUGGUACUUUUAUGCUUGACAAUAAGAAGGGUGGUAGUGGAAAAGGUGAUGCCUCUGGCAGUAAGUUGCCAUCACCAGUCGGAGCAUCAGUGCCAAGUUUCGGCUUCCGCUCUCCAGUUGAAUCUUCUUUGAUGAAUCCAGCUAGGGCAAAUGAUGACCAUCCUACCAUCGGAGGGAAUCCUUUUACAAUGCAACCUACCAGCAUGCAUUUGACACCUACAAGGCCCAUGGAUUGGAUGAGUGGUCCAGAUGUCAGAACUGCUGGUUAUGAUUUUACAGGAAGAACAGGUCAUGGAGGACCCCAAUCUCCGGAAAACGGGGACUACGAGUAAAUUCCAGAUUACAGAUUGGUUGACUUUUGAAACUCUGUUUUGCCAUCUUUCUUGUGAUCAUUGACUAGAGAAAAUGCACGCACAAGCUUUUGGACCCUUCGCGGAGUGCCAGAUGAUAUAUAUCUGUACAGUUUAGUCGCAAUCAUCACUCAUUGCUAGCUUAUGCUUCCUAGAUUAUGGCCCUAAAUUAGAAGUGUUAGCCUUAUUUUAUGCUCCUGUACUGUUUUUUUGUUUUUUCGUUUCUCCAUUUACUCUGGUUUUGCACACUGUAGUUGGUGGCUGAUUCCUGUUGACAUUGAAUUAAGGUUCAACGGCAAACCUGGCAUGAAAGGGAAAGUUGUGCAAA